AUGUGUAUGUGUGUGUGCAUGUGUGUGCUUGAAUGUGCACGGGCGUCCUCUCUUUGGUUUCCCGGCUGCCUCUGUGUGGGUGUCAGAGGGCCAAUGCCACCAGCCCGGCUCUCAGGAGACAGAACUGCCCACCUCAGGGCCGCCCUGCCCUAUGGAAACAAGCUCCAUGCACCUGCAUAUGCCCUGGGUGAAAAGGUUUGGGUCUGCAGCUGGACGUCAAAUCCGUUUGUCCCCCAGCCUCCCGUGAGGGCACUUUCGGCCCAGAUCACAGAGCAGGAGCGAGGCCCCGGGCCCCUCCCUAGAGCGGGGGGUGCAGACUCCGAAAGGCACAUGUUCUUCUGA